UGCCAGACCGAGGUAGUACUGGAAGGCUUGAACUGUUGAAGAUUUUUUUGGAAAGAAGUAAGUUUUGUCUGUGAUGGCCUGAGCCAAUAUUCCCCGUAUCGUAGGAUAACCACCUUCAGCUUGCACAAGUGAGUCUCGAGUACCAUUUCCCACAGAGCGGAAGAAAAUAUGAACUCUAAAGCCACGCAGCCAGGCCUCACAGAUCACUCUGAAAACGGAGUUGGAUUCUGUAGAAAUUUGAAAGGGCACCGCUGAGAGACCCAACGAUCAGAUUAGUCGAGGAACAAUCGUCAUUCAGUGGUUUCAGCUUUGCGUUGCGCCUCCCUUCUGCCGGUCGCUGUAGCCGUCAUGCCUAUGUUGCGAUCAUCCUGGACGUAUGAAUUGCGGCUGUUGCUCAGCCUGGCCGCAGUGCUUGGCUCGCUCCGCGCGGCUCAUUCCACCGACUCAGACAAAAAACACAACAAAAUGGAUCCUAUUACGAAGGCCAAGCCGAUUCGGGUCAAUUGCAGACAGGAAUUUGAAGGCAAGGAGCUGACUGCCCUGUGGUAUCAGCAGCGACCCUAUACGUAUGCUAGCCCUGAAGGCAACAGGACGUCAGUUGAUGGCAUUGUGGCUUCACAGCUGUUGCAGAUACUGGACUAUUGCUGCUCCGAGGAUGUAGUUCGGGAGAUGCAGUAUGUGCAGCUCAAUCUGACUGACUACAACAUGAGUGCAGCCAACGCUAUCCAGAAGGAGCUCAUGUACGGAACGGCGGCUAUGGGAUUUCCGGUGCAGACGCCGCAGAGGUCUUUGCUUACCGAGCGCUUUGUCGGGGUUGUCCCCUCACCCGGCGCAGUCUACCUUGUCAAGAAUGUGUACAUGCCCGUCAGCAUCCUGUCGGUGGUGUCCGGUGCCUGGGUACUCCUCUGCUUCGUGCUCGUAUCAGCAGCUGUUGCCGGUAUCAUUAUCUGGAGCGUCGAGAACUACGAUAGGAAGCACAGCAUGUUUGCACGCGACUUCCUGCCGGGGAUCUUUGACGGCUUCUGGUUCUCCAUCGUGACAAUGACGUCGGUGGGGUUUGGCGACAUCACUCCGCGCACCAAGAUCGGCAAGGGAGUGGGCCUGAUCUGGAUGGUGACGGGCACGAUUAGCCUGGCUCUGUUCACCGCUACCGUCACCACAUCGCUGACUACAUCCACACUGACGGUGGAUACACGUCUGCGCGGUUCACAUGUGUCUGUGGUUCGUGGAUCUGAGGCAUUGAAGAUUGCCAUCCUGAAUGGUGCCAAGGUGACUGUGGAGGCAGGGACUGCAGAGGAGGCUAUCCGCCUGGUGCUGAAUGAUACGUGCGAAGGCGUUGUGCUGGACCAGCUGAUAGCUGGUGAUAUCAUCACCUCGAGUACUGACAACGACAUUGGCAAGCUACGCAUGGCCAAGCUGCUGAUGUCGCAAGUCAUGCAUGGCGUCCUGUUCAGUCCCAAUCGCACUAGCGGACUGAUAGAGCAGUGUGCAGACCUGGUAAUGGCCGAACAGGAACACGAGACUUACCUGGACGUCGAGGAGCUGGUCUCGGCACUGCAGACUCGCCAGUCGGCCACCAGCCCCAGCACGUCCACGUCCAGUAUCUUCUCGAAUCACAAGAAUGUGGUCUACAUCACCUGCUACAUGCUGGUGUUCGUCUUCUUCUUUGCCUGGUUCGUGGACUGUCUGCGCCAACGAUCCCUAUACCCGCAUCAUAAGAAGCAUGUCUCCCGUCAUCAUCGUCCACAUCACCACCGUCAUCAUUCACAGGGUGCGCUACCUCACAAUAGCCUCUUGCACAGCCCGCCCCUCAAGCCAGCACCCAAGACAAUGACGACAUUAGAUGAGGAGGAGAUCUUGCUACCGUCCGAGACUGCACGGCUGCUGCCUGCUAACGAAUCCGCAGGCCAGUACGGCAGCACGGUGAACACAGUACGGCAGCGCGGCAGCCUGAACAGCGAGACAGCGCCUUCCCAGGACCAGCGUUACGCCAGCAGCGGCCGGACGGGCAAUGGCAAUGGAGAUGGCGCAACACGCACCGUUUCAGACCCAGCAGCAGCAGCAGCAGCACCGACGAUGUUGUGCAAGCUCGAUGGCAAUCACACGUGGUCGCCGCUGCACAAUCCGGUGCGAUCCACGACGAGCGGGGACAGCGGCCAGGACACAGAUAAGCGGGUAUUGAGCAGAGGGACUGUCCCCUCCACUGCCACCGCUACCAUGGCCGUUGCUACGGGAUCUAGCACUCAGGAGACCACGCCGGAGACCCGAAGCUCAUCGUCCUGCAGCAAUGCGGCUACCGAGGAUGGCCUAUACGACCAGUACAGCGGCAGCGUGCCCGGAUCCCCAGCUUCUUCUUCGCCACCGCCGCCGAUCGCACCCAAGCAACUCGUCUACAUGCAGAGGCCCAGCUUCAGCAGUCGACGUCAUGCGUCCUCCGCGUCCUCUAGCAGUCGCACGCGCUCGCCGCGAAGCCGAGCUCCCUCCUCGGACGUGUUCCCGGGAUCGCCACCACCCACACUUGCCGACGGUGGUAGUCAACAGGCCGAGCGCGACCUCAGUCCUGGUCGCGAUCUCGAGGCGUUUGUCCUGGCCGAGCAGAACCACGAACUCGAGCGCAUGGAGAAGGACUGUCAGCAGAUGCUGCAGGUGUGGGCGUCGCGACGACGAGAGCUGCUGCAGAAGCACCAGCGGGAACGCGUGCGCGUACGCAUGCAGCAGCAGCAGCGCCAAUCGCAGAAAGCAGCUCCCUGAAUGCAUACCCGCCCCAGUGUGCGAUCCAAUGAACUGAUACUACAGAGUUGAUGUGAUGUCCAUGUACCUUGUUGUUCUCUGUACUAUGCUCUUCCUCCGCAAUAUCGAGCACUCUCACUACACCGAGUGCAUACUUCGGUAAGUCCAUGUUACCGUAAACUGCAUCUCCCCAUGGAAUAGAUAUUCUUGAUCGCUUGCCGACGCGCUCAGUUAUUGCCCACGUCCAUUUCCUGUGCCGAAUUCUGACAUUGCCUUGUACAUUGAUGUUUGCACCAAGCUCGGCGGAGUCUCAUUUUACCAGACUGCUUCUCAUUGCGGACGAUACACCGUGUACAAAAUUGACUUUCAACAUGUGCAACGGUCCCCAGCCACCGAUGCAGCAUCCUAGUAUUUGGUGCCAUGCGGUUUACCUAAUUCGUCUUGAAUCUAUUCGCUGUUGCGUCCGGUAGCCUCCUUGCAUUGCGUACGUAACAUUCUGGUAGCGCCAUCUCCACCUCUGCAGCAUGACGGGUGGCUGGCGUUUGCAUUUAGUCGGUAAGGCUGCGUUCGGGUCAUCUUCUUGCCGUAAGCAACUGUUCUACUACUGUCUUGUGAUAUGGAGUGAGCAGUGCACUCGUGUGUGCAGUGCUCGUCACGUGCUCGCAUGUCAUGGGUGCUCCCCGACAUUAUACCCACGGGCAUCUGAGAUUAGAUUUUCAAGCUUCUCUGCAGCUGGUCUGCAUCUAGAUUUGUGACUUGAAUCCGAUGACCUACAUGUACAUCGUCACAGAAGAUAUUUUUGGGCAAUUUCACUACCUCAGGAGAGGAAUUUUCACGUUUUAGCUUAGUUGCACCUUUUGGUUUUGAAUUACGAAGUUAGGUUUCACCUUUUGGUUUUGAAUUACGUAGGUAGUUGAUGGUAAACCAUCUCCGUGGCGUGUCUUUUCAGCUUGAUUGGCCGUUUUCGCCAUGCGCUGUUGCAUCUCUGCAGCUGGUGUUAGGGCGGCGUGCUCACGGGGGCUCACCGAUGUCUGUGCGUAUGAUUGCCGAGUUGGCUGGUAUAUUUCGCAGAACUUGUCUUUGUUCAACUUGAACUCUAUCAUCUAUUCCUUACGCCGAUAGCACACGGCUGAAUUUCUACGCGCAGAUUUAUCCUUUUUUUAGAGCAUUUUUAUCCCAUUGUAUUAUUACACGCCGUAGUGUCGGCGCUGGUUUUGAAUCGUUGAAGUAGGUAGGUAGCUUUCAUCUUGCCGUGCUGAGCUCUUAGAUUAUACCUGGUGUAUGUUACCAUGGUUGCAUAUUACCUGUUCAAAGUUCUAAUCUUCUAUGGAUCGGUUGUCAUGGUAUUGUUGCCAUGAUACCGGCGACAUUCGCA